AUGGAAGGAUCGCCACCGAAGGCCAACCGAAAGGUGCGUUUCUCGCUACCGGAACCGGCCGUCCCGGCCGUACCAUCCACACCGGCGACGGCCCAGAAGCAACGGAUGGCCCACGGAACGGUACAGUACGUGAACGGGACCCUCAUCAGUCAGCCAGCGUCCGGUUCCGGGGCGCAGUCACAGCGAUUUGCGCCAGCGGCCCCCACCAAUCAGCACCACCACCAUCAGACGCUGCAGGUGACGGCCACCGCAACGACCGUCCCAUCCGUCAGCUCCGUGCUCCGGCCGAAGGAGCUCAACAACAAGAUCGUGCUCCACCUGCGACCAUCCGUCAGCUCGCUGGACGGCAGCGGCAGUGGCAGCGGUGGGGAACUGUCCCCGAAGGGCUGCGGACCACCACCACCACUGGGUGCCUCCAUCGACGGUGCAGCGGCCAAGUCGACGAAACCGAAACCCCUCACCACGAAGGCCACCGGCGGAAUCGGCGGGUCCGGGGGGAGCACAUCCCGAUCGCUCCGAGGUCUGCCGCAGAUCAACCAAAAGUACCCGAGCUCGGAGGACGUCAACAACAAUCUGGGCCCACAGUCGAUCGGUGUCCGGCAGAGGCCAGACGAGCUGGGGCUGGGCUGGAACCAUCCGUCCAAGAAACCGACCCUAAUCCUGCGGACCAUCACGAGUGGAGGCGUUGGCCCGGGACAACAACAAUCGGGCGUGGGAAAACCGUUCCCCCCCCGAAACCGGGCCAAAUCGGUCGGUAAACUUUCGGUCGGCCACUCGAUCGGUCCGGUUCGGCCCCACAAAACACUGAUCUCGUCCCAUCUGCAACCCCUGGAGGGUGGCGGUGGCAGUGGUGCGGUCGUAAUACGGGUGCAGGAUAAUGGCCCCGGUAAGCCCGCGCUGGAUGAUGGGCUGAGCGUGGGCAGCAUAAUUCGUCCGACGAACGGAAAUCACGCGCCGGUGAUCCGGAAGGUCGGCACUACCAGCAACUUUCUGGCCGUCCCCGAGUACAGCGAUCGGUACGAGGGUAUGGAAACGGUCGUAUCCGCCACGGCACUCCACGACGAGGAAGACGAGGAUGAGUACGAGGACAGCAGCGAGCAGGACGAAUCGGGCGCGAAGCGCACGGCGGCGGACAAGGACGACCCGAGUGCCAGCGGCAGCAGCGGCGGUGCCAGUUCUGGAUCGGCCGGUGUAAACGGUGACGACGCGAGCUUCCGGUGUAGCCGAGACACAAAGCUCGGGCGCGACAAAAACUCGGCGCAGUUCUGGGACUUUGUCGAGCGGUGGCGCACCAAUCGGGCGCUGAAAAAGCUCGAAAAUUCAAACCACGAGCAGCCGACGAGCGCGAGUUCGCUCGCGUCAGUUUCCAUCGGGACCUCGCACAAGUCGGACGCGAAAAGCCCUACGCUCAGCUCGCGGAUACGCGCCCUCAGGAUGAGCCUGGAACAGGUGCCGACGGUGACGACGUUGCUGCGGGCGUCCCGCGACGCCAACGAGUAUCUGCUGAAGGAGGUAUUCCGGGACAUCCUGGAGAACGGUAUCUCGAAGGAGAACCUCAACUCGACCGACCGUAGCGGACGGACGGCCAUCUCCUACAUCUGUUCGACGAAUUUGACCAACUUUUUGGAGCUGUUCCUGCAACUGCCGGGCAUUGAUGUCAACAAGCCGGACAACGAGGGCAACACGCCGCUCCACUUUGCGGCCCAAGCUGGACUCUCGGACGUGGUGAACAUGCUGAUCACCAAGUGCCGCAGCCUGGUCAUCGACCCGAAGAACAACCUCGGCUUUACGCCCCUGAUGAAGGCGGCCCUGCAGGGUAGGACCCGGUGCGCCAAGCUGCUCCUUUUCGCUGGGGCAUCGCCAGUCGAAACCGAUGCCGGACGAGGAUUUAGGGCCGAACAGUGGGCACGCUUCUGUGGACGUCACACUUGCGCCGAAACGAUAGAACAGUGCGCCCGGGCCCGGCUGCUGGACAAGUCGACCCCCUGCGGUCGAUGGUCGCACGACAUCAAUCUGCCGGUGGACAAGAAUGCACUGAAGGCACGCAGCUGCAGCAUCACGCCCCAGUCAACGCAGAACGGGUUCCGCUCCAAGUUCCGCAAAGUAUUUCCGUUCAACUUUAACUCCUCGAAGGACAAACCGGCCAGCAAGGAGGGCGAGGAGAACUACACAAAGGAUCUGGUCAACUACCUGAAGUCCGCGACGCUCUGCGUCAGUGGUCCCGCCCUGUCCGCGAAUCGGAAAAUAAUCCAGAGUCUGAUCCGACCGUUGGAAGUGCCAAAACUGGAGGUGACGUACGCAAACAAUAAUGCACUGAUCAAAAAGUACGAAGCGACGGCGGCGGCCACUGGAGCCACUGAGAAUGGAACGGCGAACGGGCGGCGUGAUUCGGUAGACGGAGCACCCAGCAGCACCACCACCACCGACAGUCGUCACGGGACGCCCCAACCGUCACCGGUGCUGACCAGGGCCAAGGUCCGGAACUGAGUGCCAACCCGGGGGAUGAGUUUCUCAAGGAUGACCCGGGAUGUUCCGGGGGCCAGAACUGUUGUGCUAAAAGUUUACCAUUUGCAAACCAUUCACCAUAAACCAUCGAUCGACAUUACUUCCAACUAGCUACGGCUUCACUAGGAUGAUCUAGUGUUUCUUUCGUAUACUGCGUCAUCUAAUACUCUUCUCGUAGCUCGGUUAAGGUUAUAACUCUCUCAGAUAAAGUGUAAUUUUAGGCAUAAUCGGUAAGAAGAGCAUCGGUACCAGUAAAAUGAAUGUUAGACUGUGCAGUAGUGGAACUCAGUGCAUUAUUAUACUUAUGCAUUCUCUGUGUA